AUGCCUUUCAAUGAACUCCAGCGUCGGGACUCCUGGCCUCCCACUAUUCUUCAUCUUCGUGAAGACAAUUUAGACCUCGAAUCGAUUGAUGAUAACCCAUUCUCCUACUUCCUCACUUCGCCCGAUGAAAUCACAGAUGAUGAUAUUGAUGACUUCUCUGCGGGCAUCGAGUCCGACGAUGAAGAGAAAUCUGAUGUACGACAGAUUUCUCCUUCCGCAUUACAGCGGGCGCCUCUAGAUGAUUAUGAUGAUGAGGACGAGGAUGUGUUGUUCGGAUUUGCCAUACCUCUGAGCUUGAAGGACUUUACAACAAAAGUGUAUGGAAGUGGAAGGGAAUCGCGGGCUGCACACCGAAAGGAUAAAAAUGUCAAAGGACUCGGAAUAUCCAUUCCAGAUUUCACGGCUAGUCGAGGUCGGGCGAAGGUACGACUUACACCUCCACGAAGCCCCAUUCGAGGACAAACACGAAGCCUACCUCUGCGGAGACCACAUUCAUGGGCUGAGCCUAGCCCUGACCUAGGGCCUAUAAGAGAGGAGAGGGAAAGCGAGGACGCGGAGGAAGCGAAGGGAAUCUCUAGCGCGCCGGCGACGUCGGUGGUUCCUAGCAAGGCUGUGGCGAGUCCGAAGCCGAAGAAGAAGGUUCACUGGGCAUUAUAA